UAAAAGCACAUAAAAUUUCUAAGUCUUUUCUUUAUCCAACAAAAGAAAAAAACCCAAAGAGAUUGCUGUGAAAAGUCCUCUCUCUCUCUCUCUCUCUCUCUCUUCUUUCCUAAGCCACUCUUCUCUCAGAUCCGCAGCUCCCAACAAAUUUUUCAUCUCAAAAUGCCAUUGAAACCUCUCUAUAUCCUCUCUACGAUCUCGUAAAAUUCGCAACUUCCAAAGGCUCUACAAUAUUCUAGAACACUCUAGAAUAUAUAUUAACGCCGUUUAAUUUCCGUGUGUCGGUCGGUCGGACGGAAGGAAGGAAGGAGUAGUGUGAAUGGGGGGAGUACCGUCAACGCCGAAAUUCGGUGGUGGUGGAAGGCCACAUGAAACGGCGGAGUACCUAAUUGGAGCAUUUAUAGGCGAGAAAUCGUUUCCUCUUUCUUCUGAUUACUGGCAGAAGCUUCUAGAACUUCCUCUUAAUCUUCAUUGGUCUUCAAAUCGUGUUCAUCAAGCUUGCAUCCUCUUUGCUCAGAACAACUGUUACACAAGGCAUCUUGGGAAGAUUUUAAUUCACCUGUCGUGGUGCUUGCAAGAGUGUGUUUCUAUGUCGGAUGCAUCUUCAUCAGCUUAUGUGAAAGCUCUCAAUGCAGUGUACGUCUCAUCUGUUUUUCUGAAGCACCUCAUUGAGAAUGCUAAGACCGACAACUUUGAAGAUCUGUACUUGCCUCUGAAUGAAAGUGAGGAAAUUCCAAGUAACGCCCCUAAAGAACAGAGUAUUGAACAUCUUGUCGUGAAUAGUGUGCUUAAUUUUCUUGGCAGAGUAGAUGUAAGCUCGGAUACACAUCUUCUACACUACGAGUUGCUUAAUUUUAUGCUCGUCGCGUUAUCAACUCAGCUUCUUUCUGGGCCAUCACUUGGAGCUGAUGAUAUUCAUCCCUUCUUUGAUGCAGCAAUGUCUCAGCCAACUUCUUUAGUCAAUCUGGCUAUUCGUAAGCUGCUUCUUAACUACAUCACACGACCACGUUUCCCUUUGAAGGCUUCAUCGUAUUAUAUAUUUUCAGAAGGAUAUCAGCCUGGAGUUCUACAGAGAGUUGGCUCUGUUGCAGCAAAUCUUGUGCUGCUGCCGUUGAAUUUAUUUGCCAGUUCAAGUAACGAAGCUUCCAGAAGCCCAUUGGCCGACAACAGUCUUAAUAUUUUACUCAUCCUUGUUCAUUACCGCAAAUGUCUUGGCAUGGACCAUUCAAAAGAUAAAAUCGACUACAGUAGUCCAGAUUAUCUACCAAAGGAAGAGUCCUUUUUUGAGAAUCCUUACUGCAAGGCCCUUGAGAAUGCUCGGGAUAUUGAAUUUGAUCGUGUUGAUGUUGAGGGGAAUGCACAUGGUGGUUCGGUUGUGAGAUUACCCUUUGCUUCUCUUUUCGAUACCCUUGGCAUGUGCUUGGCUGACGAAACUUCCGUACUUCUGCUUUAUUCACUUGUUCAUGGGAAUUCAGAUUUUCUUGAGUAUGUGUUGGUACGGACCGAUCUGGAUACACUGUUGAUGCCUUUGCUCGAAACAUUGUAUAAUGCACCAAGAAGGACAUCCAAUCAGAUAUAUAUGGUGCUGAUUAUCCUCCUUAUACUAAGCCAAGAUUCCUCAUUCAACGCCAGCAUUCAUAAACUGGUGCUGCCCAGUGUUCCAUGGUACCAAGAGCGGGUUCUUCAUCAAACCUCUCUUGGUUCUCUUAUGGUCAUAGUUUUGACGAGGACAGUAAAAUACAACCUAUCUAAGUUGCGGGAUGUUUACCUUCAUACGAAUUGCCUUGCAACUUUAGCUAAUAUGGCACCUCAUGUCCAUCGCCUUAGUGGUUAUGCAUCACAACGUUUAGUGAGCCUAUUUGACAUGCUUGCACGCAAGUACAACAAAUUGGCAGAGACGAAAAAUGAUAAGAUGCAUGUGCCCAAUGGUGAACCAAAGGAAGUAAAUAGUCUCCAAGAGGACACGGUUAUGCAAAUGUUUUUGCAGGCAGCUGAGCUGCAUAUUUAUACCGACUUCUUAAGAAUUGUUCUUGAGAUACUAAAUGCAAUUCUGACCUAUUCCUUGCCGCGGAAUCCUGAGGUUGUUUACGCAAUUAUGCACAGGCAGGAAGUCUUUCAGCCGUUCAAAAGUCAUCCACGAUUCAAUGAACUGCUUGACAACAUAUUUAUGGUUUUGGACUUCUUCAACAGUCGCAUGGAUGCCCAGAAGAUGGACGGGGAAUGGUCUGUGGAGAAAGUACUACAAGUGAUUAUUGUUAAUUGCCGAUCUUGGAGGGUUGACGGACUAAAGAUGUUUACCCAAUUGCGUUUCACAUAUGAACAAGAGAGUCAUCCUGAGGAGUUCUUCAUUCCAUAUGUGUGGCAGCUGGUGUUGUCUCGAAGUGGUCUCAACUUUUCUCCUAGCAGCAUAAAUCUUUUCCCAGUUGAUCUUCCUCUCCAAGGUAACAAAGACGAGGAGGCUGAAAAGCCUCAGAAUGGUGACAUGAAAGGAAAUGAAUUAAAGAUUGAGGUACCAGUUUGACGGAUUGUGAUCCUAGAAGACUACGUUGUGUAUAUACUACAUACAUGUAUCCAUAGAUCUGUAUUCUUGUCAUUCUUUUCUGUUCAUAGCUUAAGAGUAGAAGACUUCUACAUACCAAGUGAACUGAAAUAUCAGUAGUAUUAUAAAUAAAGGUAUUGGUCAACUUUUAAGUUA